GAAGAUGCCUGGGAAGAAGGCGCAGAAUACCCAGCCAAAGCCGGCACUCCCCCUGUCAGAGCUGGAAGUCCGGUGUGCCGUUCAACUCAGGAAAAUUGGAGACGAACUGAAUUUCCAGCAGAAACUCCUGAACCUGAUUUUUACGUUCUUCAACCUAGUUACCUGACAUCCUCCCUGGCGCUUUUGCCGGGGAGGGAGUCGAGGUUUUGUUGUUUUUGUUGCUGUUGUUGUUGUUUGCCAAAUGCCAUUUCCCUGCUGGGUACACAAUUGGUCACUGCAGGAGACUGUAGUCAUUUGAGA